UCAGUUUAAGGAAUAUGCGCGGCGGCUAAAACCAGACGAUUGCUGGAAAAUGGAACCGUUGUGUGAGUGCUGAGGAAUCCAGCCCGAAAGAGAGAAUCGAUAGUCGAAGUCUCAUGGGCAGCUUUUCGGGAUUGUCCUCGGUUGCCAAGCCCAGUCGCCAGUCGUCCCCGCACGAACCUCAUCGAACACUUUUCUGGUUCUUCUCACCUUAGCGUUAGGGAGCUCAUGGCUAGUGGGGCUAGCUGGCUUCUGUGUGCUACGGUGCUAGUCUACGGAGUACUAUCUACGUACCAGCACAGGCAGUCUGGCAGUCUGGCACUGCCCAUCGGGUCACUGCUCCGUGUCAACAAACCGCGUCGGUUUCAGCUGAAACUCGGCCUCCUGCUCGUUGUGCCAAUAAAUAGACAUAGUGUCUCAUCGGAGGUUCGUGUCUCUCACGGCUCAGGAAAGUACUUCAAAGGUCCAAACACCCGGCUCGAUGGUAUUUUCACUAUUGAGACCGCCGGGAUUUUGGUGGACACGAUUAUUGAAACCCACCAUCCAGGCGCGACUCCACCCAAUGGAGCUGACUAUCACCUGUCAUGUGAAUUGGUAUCAGCUAUCUGGACCAACAGUUUCGUCACAGCAAACGUGGGAAAACUUAUCGAAUGAAUGCCCAGGAAAAACAAAGACGAGAAGGAAGAGGA